GCUGUGAUCUACAACCUGGUCUGAAUCUGACGCUCGGACAUCGAUUGCUUCUGUCUCCGCCCCUCGUAUAUAGGAACACUUCCUGGUUGGUCCCGCAGUCCAGUGAAGUUCUCGCUGUUGGAGCUGUGCCCGUCGCUUCCCGGUUCUCAGGCUGCUUUUCUGCUUGAAACAAGGCAUCGUCUCUCAUUCAGACAGUCGUUCGUCACUGAGAGGCAAAAUGUCGCACAAAGAAGUUGAGGUUGAGCGGGAAUCCAUCUCUUGUACCGUCUGUCUGGAUCUACUGAAGGAUCCUGUGACUAUUCCCUGUGGACACAGCUACUGUAUGAGCUGUAUUGAAACCCACUGGGACCUAGAGGAUGGCAGCAUAGGCCACAGCUGCCCUCAAUGUAGACGGACCUUCACACUGAGGCCUGUCCUGGUGAAAAACAUCAUGUUGGCUGAUUUAGUGGAGCAGCUGAAGAAGACUUCUCCUGCUGAUCACUGCUUUGCUGGAGCUGAAGAUGUGGCCUGUGAUGUUUGUACUGGGAGAAAACUGAAAGCUGACAAGUCCUGUUUGGUUUGUUUGGUCUCUUAUUGUGAAAAACACCUCAAGUCUCAUUAUGAUGUACCUCAGUUAAAGAAGCACAAGCUGGUGGACCCCAUGAAGAAGCUCCAGGAGAAAAUCUGCUCUCGUCACGAUGAGGUGAUGAAGAUGUUCUGCCGCACUGAUCAGCAGUGUAUCUGUUAUGUCUGCUCUGUGGAGGAACAUAAAGGCCACGACACAGUCACAGCUGCAGCAGAAAGGACCGAGAGACAGAGAGAGCUCGAGCUGAGUCGACAACAAAUCCAGCAGAGAGUCCAGGACAGAGAGAAAAGGUUGGCGCUGGUUCAACAGAAGGAGGAGGUUGUCCGUGCCUCCGUUUUUAAAGCCGAGAGUUGCGUUGAGAAUAUCUCGGAGCUGCUCACAACACUGUCACAUCAGAUCAGAGCCCAGAAUAGACGUGAAUUGGAACAUCUCGAAGUUGUUCAUCACAAGCUGGACGAUGACAUCACUGAGCUUGAGAAGAAAGACGCUGAACUGAAUCAGUUCUCACACACAGAGGAUCACAACCAGUUUCUACAAAACUACCCCUCACUGUCACCACUCAGUCCGCCUGCACACUCAUCCAGCAUCGACCUCCUUCCCUUCAGGUACUUUGAGGACGUGAGAGCAAAUUUUUCAGAGGUCAGUGGUCGAUUAAAGGGAGUCCUGACUAAGCUGGUGAAUAGCGUCACACUAACAGUGAAUCAACUGGACGUUUCACCAUCAGAGCCCAAGACCAGAUCUGGACUCCUACAGUAUUCAAAGGAAAUCACACUGGAUCCAAAUACAAUCAGAUCUGGUCUGUCAUUGUCAUGUAACAUCAGGAAGGUAAACGUAGGAGUGAUAGACUAUGAGCCGUAUCCUGAUCACCCAGACAGAUUCACAUCACAGUCUCAGGUCCUCAGUAGAGAGAGUCUGACUGGACGUUGUUACUGGGAGGUGGAGUACACGGCAGAAACUGUAGUGGCAGUCGCGUACAAGAGUAUAAUCCGAAGUGGGGACUCCAAUGUGUCUGGAUUUGGAAAACAAAAUGAUGUAUCUUGGGCGCUCAGUUGUUUCAGACACAGUUAUAACUUUUAUCACAAAGGUGUCGUCACUCGAAUCUUUGGUCCGGUGUCCUCCAGAGUCGGAGUGUACCUGGAUCACAGUGCCGGUGUUCUGUCCUUCUACAGCGUCAAAAGAAAAAUGACUCUCCUCCACAGAGUCCAGACCACGUUCACCCAGCCGCUCUAUGCUGGAGUUGGGGUUUACGAGAAAGAUUCCACAGCAGAGAUCUGUUCAAGUAGACUAUUAAUGUAUUCUAAAUCAAGUUUCUCUGAUGUUUCAUAAGCUGUAAUGAUCGAAAUCAACGAGGAGAUGAAUCAUUACUGUAUUUUUCCAUAUCUCCAGAUUCACGUUUAACAAACAGACUGUGAGGAUGAAGUGAAUCUGUCCACUGAACACAAGUCACUGUAAAGACUUUAAAAACGUGUGAACAAUAAAGAAGUUUUUCCUACAGAA